AUGUUUAUAAACAGCUGGCACAAACACGGAAUGGAAACAAGACAGGGAGAAUCAGAAGAAAAAUCACGAACAGUGAAAGAUGAUUUAAAAAUACUUCUGGCAGUUACGCUUUUAUUCGUGCUUAAUUACAUAUUCGCAGUAUACGUCGAGAUAAAGCCCUACCAGGAGAGAAUAUCAUAG